UGGCUGCACACCGCAUUCCCUUACAUAGUGCAGGGAAAGAACUUUAAAUUCUCUGAAAGGGGAACUUUAAAACACUCAAAACAUAUCAGUGCUACAUCUUGCAUAUCUCCACAAGCUGUUACUGACAAUAAGGGAUAUCAUGGGAUUAAUAAACUUCAGUUGUUUGUUGGUUUUCUGCUUUUUAUCAAAAGUUUUCACCUCGUGCCUUGCCUCUGAUAUAAAGAACUGCUCAUCCUCUUCCAUUGAGCCUAAAAUCGUCCAUGCAGAGCUACAGAAUUUGGCAGAAUGUGUAGGAAAGGUCAUUGACAACUGGAACGAAGAGCAGGUUACAUCUGUUUUGGAUUCCCUGCAAACAGCUAUUGAUUUACUCAACAAGAAACAAAGACAACGUUGUGAGGAUGUUGUUCCGAAAGAAUGCCCAGCCCCACUGCCCCCCAGUGAUGGAGGCCUGGUGUGUGUCACUUUCAAUGAGACACGCUACUGCAAACCCAUGUGCAACCAGGAGUUUGAUUUUGCAUUCUUGAGGAGAAGUCGAUUGUAUGAAACAUGUGGAAAACACAACAAAAAUAUGUGGAGCACUCAGUACAUUGGUGGAAAUACACUGGCUGUCUGUAACAAAUCUACAUUGCAUGUUUCUGGAGUUAAUAGCACAUAUUUUCCAAAGGACCAAGACUGCAAGAAAACAAAGUACGGUCAAAAACAACAGAUAAUAAACACCUUUAUUCAGGAGCUGGCUGACCGUGGCAUAGAAGACAACCAUAAGAAGGAUUUUGACUGCCUUAUGUGUGGAUAAAAAAAAUAUCCACUAUCCACUGAUACACAGGGUAUGGGCUUAAAAACAGUCUCCAGUCUACACUAUAUUCACUUUUUAACUUACACAUAAACUCCUUGUAUUCACUACGUAUUCUAUGUUUACUUAUAAAAUAAUAAACACAUUUACAAUUUCAAAAACUUUUAAAUGGCUACAAUACAUCCCUCUUAUAAGUGUACAGGGUAAGUGUUGUGAAAGUGUUUUUUUUUAUAAUUGUACAGUACCAUGAGGUCGGUGUUUCAGAUAGUUAAAAUAUAUUAGUUGAAAAGCUGAUGAGCUGUCAAAGUCAGAAUUAUAAUAAAGUAACUGAAAGUAAAAAAGGAAGGACUAGUGUCAUGGGAAGAUGGGAUAAUCGUAAAACACUAGGGGAAAGAUAAUGAAUAGGACCAACAGGAAUGGCAUGAAAGAAUAGCUUGCUUGACAUUGCCUUUUUAUUUCACAAAUGCCUGUUUUUACCAUUAUCUUUUCACAUUGGUCAAAUUUGAUGUGUUAUCAGUCCUUUUCAUUUGUUUAGAUUAGACACAAUGACUGUGCGUGUUAAUAACCAAAUAAAAUGCAGAGCUUAAAAAAUA